AUGGGCUCAGCAAGCUCGAGAUCAAUCAGUCAACAAGAUUUGGUACAAAGUGGUGAUGCGCUAGUCCUUCGACAUCCCAAUCUCCGCUAUGUGAAAUACGUUCGUACAGCUGUCGGAUUAUUUGCUGUAAUCAUGAUUUUUCUUUGUGCUGUGAAUAGCAUCAUUUCGGUGAGUGCGAUCCCAGUCGGAAUCUACUUGAUCGUCAUCGGGACACCGAUAUUUCUGCUCGAAUUCGGAAAAGUGAUUCGCUCACUUUGUGGCACUGAUGGUUUCUGUUGCCGAACUUUCGGCUUCAUUCUCGGAUUCGAUAAGAAGAAACGAGCGAUCUUAUACUUUCUGAUAGCUAUUCCUCUAUUUUUGACCUUUUGGAGCAACAACUACUCGAUUGCAGCAGGUAUCAUAAUAAUUUUGACGGCAAUUCUCUACUUUGUGAAGGGAUGGGAGAUGAAAAAAGUGCCGACUUUUAUUUCAAAUCCGAGUCAAAACGUGCAACCGGCAAGGGAAGAAAUGGCGGCUGAAGCGAUCGCU